UUUGUGAAUUCCUUGGCUUUUGCAAAAUCAGGAGAAUUCUUAGUUGCUGGAGUUGGACAUGUGAAAAUUUUCUCAAACUGUGUCCUGCUUGUAUGCUUUUUUUUUUUUGUAUACUAUUUACUGAAAUUUCGCUGGAAACACUGCCAUGGACAGAAAAGCUAUCUGUGAUGUUGGGGGUUAAGAUGAUUAUUUAAUGCUUUUCUCUGCUCCUUCAGUCUGAAUUUUCCCAUUAUGGUUGCAGACCGUUGUCCUCAAAGUUGGUAUGUCAUGUCAAGGGUGUGCUGGAGCAGUAAACAGGAUUUUGGGAAAAAUGGAAGUUUUAAUUCCAACAUUCUAACUCCAACCAUCAACUAUGGAUGCCACCUCCACUCUUCCGACACUGGCAUCACCGACAUUGCUUUGCACUCCUCCGGGAUCAAGUCAGAAAAAGGAAUAUACACCAGACAUAUCUGGACUUUGUGCAAUGUCGCGCUGCUUUCCAUUUCCACCACCAGGAUAUACAAACAAGGGAUAUGAAAAAGAAGGCUACAACAGAGGACGUGGAAUUACUGACAAAGAGUUGGGCAGCAUUGGCGGAGAAAGUUAGAUUGGUGCUCAAUGAGUAUCCACAACUCAAGCUAACCCAAGGGAGAAAAGUGCUAGAGAUAUGUCUAACCAUUAAAUGGGACAAUGGCAAGGCUCUUGAAUUUUUGUUAGAAUCAUUGGGGUACGAGAAUUCGAAUGAUGUAUUUCCAAUCUAUAUUGGUGAUGAUCGAACUGAUGAGGAUGCUUUUAGGGUAACAAAUGUUGCCACGCCUAGUUAGUUAGUUAGAGGUGUUCAUGUUAAACAUAUACCUACAGUUGAAGAUGAUAGAUACAUAUUAAAGAUUUUUACCUACAGUUAAGAGAUGUAAGUAGAAGUUAAUGACUUUUACCUACACACUAUACAUAGUAGGUAAAACCUAUAGUGACAGACAAUUAGCUGUCACUAUACAGCCCCUCAAAGUUGACGGAAGCAACGUCUGUAGGACAAAGUCUAUCAUACAUUUACCUACGGAUUUUUUAUUUAUAGUGACAGUUUUUGUCCGUAGGUAUAAGUCAUUUUUCUUGUAAGUCUCCUCAAUUUCAAUAGCUUCUUUCUCAUG